CAUGAUUUCAACAAUUGGCUUGGAAUGAUCGAGGAAGUAGUGCAUCGAACGAUGGCGGAGAAAAAAAACGAGAUGGGGAAGAACAGUAGCCGACUAAAAGAAGAACAAAAUAUUUGAGAAACGCGGUGUCAUUUUGGGUACCGAUAUACCAUCUGCAUGGUAUACCGGUACGGUAUAAUUUGCCGUACCUAAGCAGGCACCUAGAUAUACUCAGUCACUCGGUAUACAUACAUCCACAAGUAUUCAAACUUCUCAGAAAGUCAGAAGUACUACGUAUUUCUUUUCUUCUUUGAACAUGGGGAAACUUUUCUACUACUUUCUUGCUGUUAUAGCAGCAUAUCUUCUCCUUCUUCUCAGAAAACUUCUUCCCAAGCGCAAUAAAAAACUGCUGCCUCCUAGCCCACUCGCUCUUCCGGUAAUCGGUCACCUCUACCUUAUCCGAGAUGCUCUGCACCACUCCCUCGCUUCCUUAUCAGCUAAAUACGGCCCUGUUUUACUCCUCCGGUUCGGUUGCCGGUCCGUCGUGGUCGUCUCUUCCCCUUCCGCCAUCGAAGAAUGCUUCACCAAGAACGAUAUCGUGUUCGCGAACCGGCCGGCGACCAUGGCCGGCGACCGGCUGACUUACAACUACACCGCCUUCGUGUUCGCCCCGUACGGCCACCUCUGGAGGGUUCAACGGCGAUUCGCCGUCGUGGAACUGUUUUCCACGACGAGCCUCCAAAGAUCAUCUGUCUUAAGGGAAGAAGAGGUUCGAAUUCUGGUCCGAUCUUUGCGCACCCUUUCGGCCGGUAAUCAUACCGGAAGAACGUCCGUUGACUUGAAUAGCUUGGCGGCGACGUUGACUUUCAACGCUAUGAUGAGACUCGUGGCCGGAAAACGGUGGGUGGAGGAAGAAGACGUGGGGAGGGCGAGAGGGAGGGAAAUCAUUAAAGAACUCAGGGGAAUUUUCUUUGCGAGUUUAGCUGUCAUGAAUGCGUGUGAUUUCUUCCCGGUUCUGAGGUUAAUUGGUUUCAGAGGGAUGGAGAAGAAGCUGAUCAUGUUUCAUAAGAAGAGAGACGAGUUCCUGAAUGGCAUGCUGGAAGAAUUCAGACAGAAGAGGUCUCUGUUUUCGGAAUCCGACGGUGGGAAGAAGAACAGGGACGACGAUAAAUCAACAAUUAUUGGAACGUUGUUAUCUCUACAAGAAUCGGAGCCUGAAUUUUACACCGAUGAUGUGAUCAAGAGUACUAUACUGAUGAUGUUUGUGGCAGGAACAGAGACGUCUUCAGCAACCAUAGAAUGGGCAAUGUCAUUGCUGCUAGCUAAUCCAGAGGUGAUGCAGAAGUUGAGAUCAGAGAUAGACAACUACAUCGGACCCGAUCAACGUCUCGUAAAUGAGUUGGACAUUCCCAAGCUCCCAUAUCUACGAGGAGUAGUGAAGGAGACAUUGAGGUUAUACCCUCCCGCGCCACUUCUCUUACCACAUUGUUCAACCGAAGAUUGUGUGGUUGCGGGAUACGACGUUCCCAAGAAUACAAUCUUAUUGGUAAAUGUUUGGGGCAUGCAUCGGGAUCCAACGGUGUGGGAGGAGCCCGAAAAGUUCAUGCCUGAGAGAUUCGGAGGAGCAGCGGAGGAGAAGGAAGGAUUCAACUACAAAUUUGUUCCCUUCGGGUUGGGGCGAAGGGCCUGCCCUGGAAACAAUAUGGGAUUGAGAACUGUCGGGGUGGCAUUGGCGACUUUGGUUCAAUGUUUUCAUUGGGAAAUCAGUACGGAGAAAGAUGACAGAGGCGAAAGCCGCUCAGCCUCAAUCCUGCAGAGGGCUAAGCCGCUAGAAGCCGUGUGUAUGCCUCGAGCCAAUUGCCUUCCAUUUCUAGACUAGAUGCUUGCAACUGCAAUUCUACAUAUGUUUAGUUGUUACUCCGUAUUUAAUUAUGUCAGGUCCGAGUGUGAGGCGUCACAAUUAGCCACUCUACCUUUUUGGGUUGAGUGCUUUUAAUUUGUGUGCUAAUGUGCCAUAUAUGUUUUCCUUUUGUUAUGGUAAUCUCUGGCGCUCUCACCAUUUUGGCCGAAGUAUUACUCCGUAUCCUAUAUUUUUUCCUAUUUCAAAAUCUAUGGAAUUACAUUGGAAAAAC